AUUUUAAUCCCUGUCUCUUUUUAUCCUUCUCGUCUCAAAAUGCAGUCUUACUGCUACCGACCCAGAAUGGACACUGACUCCUGGUCGCCGGCUUGCCGAGUUGAACUGGUUUCAGUGUACAAUCUUGCAAUGCCUCUCAUCCAUCACAUGGUAGUUCCCAGACUUGGAACUACCAGCUGGCAGGGCCGCUUCCUUCGGGUUGCUCGGCCCCUUUUUUGCUUGCAGCUCCAAGGAGUGGAAGGCAGGGUCUCUGAAACAUCGUGGGCAGUCCGGGUCUAGAGCAAGCAGCCCUGGGCACACAGAACAGCCUUUACUUAGCUCAACCACACUUCCAGAUGCCCUUCCGAGCGUCACUCACCGCUAAGUAGAACUUCCAACUUGUUUGUUUGUUUGCUUGUUUACCUUUUCAACUAAGUGGAUUCCAACUGAGCGCUCCUGGACCAGUGGGCUGUGGGCAUAUUGUCUUCUGCCACCACAAGAUGACCAUGAAGCUGAAGGAACUGAAGCAGCCGGCUGUCCAAGCAUGGAGCCCAGCCAGCCAAUAUCCUGCGUAUCUGGCCACAGGAACAUCUGCCCAGCAGCUAGAUGCCUCCUUUAGCACAAAUGGCACCUUGGAGAUCUUUGAAGUUGAUUUCAGGGACCCUUCUUUGGACUUGAAAUGCAAGGGAGUCCUUUCUGUCUCCAGCAGGUUUCACAAGCUGAUCUGGGGGAGCUUUGGCAAUGGGCUUCUAGAAGGCUCCGGGGCUAUUGCAGGCGGUGGGGACAAUGGAACGAUUACAGUAUACAGCGUGACCCACAUCCUGUCUACUGGGAAGGAACCUGUGAUUGCCCAAACUCAGAAGCACACGGGGGCUGUCAGAGCCCUCGACUUUAACCCUUUCCAGGCCAACCUCCUGGCCUCAGGGGCCAGCGAUUCUGAAAUCUUCAUUUGGGAUUUGAAUAAUCUGAGCACGCCAAUGACCCCUGGAUCAAAGUCACAGCAGCCUCCAGAAGACAUCAAGGCCCUUUCUUGGAACCGGCAAGUGCAGCACAUUCUGUCUUCAGCUCACCCCAGUGGCAAGGCAGUGGUGUGGGACCUCAGGAAGAACGAACCUAUCAUCCAAGUUAGCGCCCACAGCAGCAGGAUGCACUGCUCAGGCCUGGCCUGGCACCCGGACAUCGCCACCCAGUUGGUGCUGUGCUCGGAAGAAGAUGCACUCCCUGUGAUCCAGCUGUGGGACCUGCGCUUUGCCUCUUCCCCGAUGAAGGUUUUGGAGAGCCACAGCAGGGGGAUCUUGUCUGUGUCAUGGAAUCAGGCUGAUGCCGAGCUGCUGCUGAGUAGUGCCAAGGACAGCCAGAUCCUGUGCUGGGACCUGGGGAGUGGUGAUGUGGUUUGUCAGCUGCCCACCCCAAGCAGCUGGUGCUUUGACGUGCAGUGGUGCCCUCGGGACCCUUCAGUGUUCUCUGGUACCUCCUUCGAUGGCUGGAUCACUCUCUACUCUGUGAUGGGUAGGAGCUGGGAAGUUCAGCAGAUGAGACAAGCAGACAAGAUCUCCUGGUCCUUCAGCAAAGGCUAGUCUCUUCCCCCACUGCAGGUGCCAGAGCAGCUGGCCCAGGCCUCACUGAUCCCUCCCCUGAAGAAACCACCCAAGUGGAUGAGAAGACCAGCAGGGGUCUCAUUUGCUUUUGGAGGGAAGCUGGUUACUUUUGGCCUUCCUAACAACUCUGGUCCUCAGAGAAGGCAGCCUUGCCCCCGCCUCGUCUUCAUCAGCCAAGUCACCACUGAGACAGAGUUUCUACAGCGAGCAGCGGAGCUGCGCCAGGCGCUGGGGGCCGAGACCCUCUCGAGUUUCUGUCAGAACAAGAUCCAGCAGGCUCCAGGGCAUAGUGAGAAGCUGCUCUGGCAGUUUCUGAAGGUGGCCUUAGAGAAAGACUCCAGAGUGAAAUUCUUAAAGCUCUUAGGACACAGUAAGGAGGAGCUGCAGGACAAGGUGGCCAUGUGGCUGAAGAAGGACUUGCAGCCUGAAGAGAGCACUGCACCCAAGGGGGACACACCCACGAUCACCGAGCAACGACUCUUCUGCAGCCAGACCCCCAGACAGACUUCUGAGAAAGCCACUGCCUCCUCCGCCUUCUUUGAUGAGCUGCUCCCCCAGAAUCUGGGUCCCUGGGAGAUCCCAGUCACUGAAGAUGCUGACGGGCUUUUGAGCCGGGCGCUCCUGCUGGGAGAGCUGGAAGCAGCUGUGGAGCUGUGUCUGCAGGAAGAGAACUUCACAGAGGCCAUCCUGCUGGCCCAGGUUGGGGGUGCAGACCUCUUAAAGCGAACCCAGAAGCGCUACUUGGCCAAGAGGAAAUCAAAAAUCUCCCCGCUUCUAGCCUGUGUCGUGCAAAAGAACUGGGAGGCCUUGGUGGGUGCCUGCAGCCUGAAGAAUUGGAGGGAGGCGCUGGCCAUGCUUCUGACUUACUCAGUGCCAGAGAGACUCCCUGAACUCUGUGACAUGCUGGGCACUCGCCUGGAGCAGGAGGGAAACGGGGCACUGGCUGCUGAAGCCAGGCUCUGUUACGUGUGCUCCGGGAACGUGGAACGGCUGGUGGAGUGCUGGGCAAAAGGCCACCAGGCUCCAUCCCCCAUGGCUCUCCAGGACCUGAUGGAGAAGGUGAUGGUCCUUCACAGGAGACUCGAGCUACUGUGGGGACCAGAACAAGUGAGCCUGGGCCCUGCUGCAACCUCCAGGAUCAUCCAGUAUGCCAGCUUUCUGGCAGGCCAAGGCAGCUUGGCUGCUGCCCUAAGCUAUCUCCCCAGAGACUGUGCUCAGCCACCUGCCUUGCAGCUGAAAGAUCGGCUGUUUCAUGCCCAGGGUUCUGAUGUUUUGGGCCAACAGGCUUCCCCUUUCCCCUUCCCCCGAGUUGUUGUGGGAACUCCCCCUCACCCUAAAAAUACAGCAUCUUACACAUCGGGCUUCCAGCUUUCUCACCAGGUUCCAGCCCCACCUCCUCACCCAAGGAUUCUCACACCUCAGCCACCACUAGUGAUGCCUUUUAUGCACUCCAGUCCCAACCCUUACCAGGACCCUAGAAUGCAGAAUAUAAGUGUCUACAGAACCCCGGGGCCCCAGGCACCUCAGUCUUUGCCCCUGGGCCCUGGAGUAAUGCCUGCUUUACCUCAGCCGCAGCCUUUCGAGGGACAAAGGGCACAGGCUCCUCACCCCGUGGGUGUCACUGGCAAGUGGCCUCCAUUGGUGACCCCCCCAGACCUCCAGCAGCCUGGCUCCGCCUCCUUCUCAGAGACUCCCUUGCUGUUCUCGCCGCUUUCUGUGAGGCCAGUGGGUCUCAACCCUGUUGGUUCCCAGCCCUUCACCCCUCCUGCCAGCUUCCCUGGGCCACAUACCCCCGGAGGCCCCACUACUCCCUGCCUCAGCAUCCUCCCCAAGGUUGGCAUUUCUGCUCCUCCACCAGGACCUUCAGAUUCCUUGAAAAAUGUUCCAGUUGCCAAGGGAAGCCUUCAGAGGAAGCAGUUGCCAGAGACGUUUGUGCCCCCAGCACCAAUUACUGCUCCGGUUCUGAGCCUUCUCCCUGAGCCACACGGGGGCCUUUCCUUACAGCCACUCAUCCCAGGUGUGGGUCACCCUUCCUCAGGCACACCCAGAGAACGCAGCCUAAAGCAACGAGCACCUGAGAAGAAGGAAAAGAAGCAGCUGCCCCCUGAGCAUCAGUCUUUGAGGACCAGCUUUGAGGCUCUUCUGCAGCGCUGCUCAUCUGCCACAGACUUAAAAACAAAGCGGAAGUUGGAGGAGGCCACCUGCAGGCUGGAAGGUCUCUAUGAGCAGAUCUGUGAGGGGACACUCUCGCCUCAGGUACUGGCUGGGCUCCACGAGGUGGCCCGCUGUGUGGAUGCUGGAAACUUCGAGCAGGGCCUUGCCGUGCACAUGCAGGUGGCGGGCAGUAGCAACUUCAGCGAGGUGUCCGGCUUCAUGCCCGUCCUGAAGGCUGUUCUCACCAUUGCACACAAGCUGAGCCUCUGAUUAGGGCAGCCUCCUUGGUGGAGGCCUCAGGUGCCUUGACUCUGGGAUCAGGAGGGUUUCACAAAAUGUGGACUGUGGUCCCCUAUCCUCUUCCCUUUCUCCCU